GUGUUUUGAUUGGCUAAAGAAACAAUUAAACUAUGGUCUGAGCUCAAGCUUGCUGAGAGCCUGAGAUACUACGGCGUAGUACCUAUGGUCAAAUCUUGUUGGCUUCAUAAAGCGCCUACAUAUCCAAAUAAUAUCAGCAACUGCAUAACUAUCUUUUACCCACUAUCCGUCUUUGAAUUUGUCCUAAAUCUCAUCAUCACUAUUGUAGAAGAUGGCCGACAAGAAAGGCUCGGCAUACGGCCAGCCGGCGUCGGACACGUCGUUCCGGCGUACUUACGACCUGGACGAGUACGCCCAAAAGGCAAAGGAGCGAGAGACCUCGGAGCGGGAAGAGUCCAAGGCACGAUAUGAGGCCAAGCUAGCAGGCAAGAAAUACUACAAGCCCAUGACGGGCGACGAGACUCACACGCACGCACGCCGCGAAAUGAUUGAUUUGGAAGCCAAUGUCGGAAAGACAACCCUUGUGCCCGCUGGCGCCGGCGUGGGAAAACGGGGCCGCGGUGCCGGAUUCUACUGCAGUGCGUGCGACCUCACCUUCAAGGACAACAUGCAAUGGGUCGAGCACGUCAACAGCAUGCAGCAUCUGCGCAACAUCGGCGAGACGGGCGAGGUGCGGAAGGCCACAGCGGAAGACGUGCACCUGCGGAUCCUCGCCUUGUGGGAGCGACUGCAGGAGCAGAAGAAGGAUAGUGCGACAACACUGAAAGAGCGUCUGGAGUUGCGCGAAGAGGAGACGGCCAAGGAAAGAGAGGCAAGACGCCAAAAGAGGCAGGAGGAGCUGGCGAAGAGGAAGGCGGAGAAGGAAGCUGCGGAGAAGAUCAAGGUCGAGUACGGCGAAGAUGUGAGGGUAGAGGGUGAGCACGAUGAGGAUGAUAUGAUGGCAGCUAUGGGAAUCACUGGUUUUGGCACGUCAAAAAAGAAGUGAGCUUUCUCUCCUUCUAGGUAUGGAAAAGCAUGAUAAUCGUGCAUUCUAGCAUGAGAUACGGCGUUUACGAGAGGGUACUGGAAAGGGGUUUGACUUAUUUCGGGCGAGCUUAACUGGACUUGACUGUGUUACUUAUUUAUAUAUUACUACAUGUAGGUAGUAGCAUACGAUACCCUUUUUACUAGGCAUAUAAUGAAGGAACAUUAAUGAAUUGCUUCGAUAUUC